CGACGAGAGUCAGCAGCCGGCCAGCCGUGACACCCGCGGCAAUUUGAAUUUAUAACUUUAUUAAUGUACCUUUGUCGAGGUCUUAAAAGUAAAAGUAUGAGGGGAGCUAUUUCUAUCAAUGUAUCAACAUCUCUCCAUUGAUCGCUAUCAAGUCUGAUGUGGAGUUGACUUCAAAGCAUUUAACAGCAACAUGGAAGAAAAUCAGUCACCAGAAAGAGCAACCUAUCGUCCACUCAACAGUUGGAAAAAAAAGUUAAAUCGAUCAGUGAGCUGGCGAGAGCGUCUAUCAAAGGGCAAGGAAGCUUUCAAAGGAGAUUUGGAGCAUUUACUACGUGACAAGUUCCAGGGUAACCAUGGAGUCAAAAUGGCUCGUAAACGAGAACGAAUUAUUUGUGAAAUUUUUACCACAGAGAGAAAGUAUCAGAACCAACUGGCAAUCAUUGUAGAGCAUUUCUUGGUUCCGUUGGGAGCACAUGGUCUAAUCCCAAGUGAAGAUCAUCGGACUAUUUUUGAGAAUGUAACGGCAGUCCAAGCAGUCAAUAGAGAGCUUCUUUGCCACAUGGAGGAGAAGGGCAUCCCAGAGGCUUUUAUUCAGCUGGCUCCAUUUAUGAAAGUGUAUUGCACUUAUGCAAACAAUUUUGAGAAGGCUUCACAAAAAUUGCAGGAGUGGGAGCGUAAGCGUGCAUCAUUUGUGCAGUUUCUGAGGGAACAGGAGUCAAAGCCAGAGUGUACAAGCCUUAGCCUACAUGCCUUACUGAUAACACCUAUACAAAGAAUACCAAGGUACAAGCUUUUGCUAGAGGAACUUCUGAACAACACCCCUGAAAAUCAUGAAGAAUAUAACAAACUAAAAGAAGCUACAGCAAGAAUGACUAAAGUGACUUACGGUAUUAAUGAGUAUAUCCGUGAACAUGAGAACUUCCAGAAGAUGCUGUUAAUUCAGAACAGUUUAACGGGGUCUGGUACUAAGAGAAUCCUAGCUCCUGGUAGAAGGUUCAUCAGGGAAGGCACACUAAUGAAGGUUAACAAGAAAGGUUCCGGUGCUCAUGAGAGAAUGUUCUUUCUAUUUAAUGACCUAUUGAUAUAUGCAAAGCCUAAUCUACUAGAGCCAUCAUUGUCAUCACAUAGCUACUCAUGUAGAGGCAUCUACCCAUUAGAACACUGUCAGGUCCAAUGUGUAUUGGGAGAACACAAGAUAUCUGGCACUGGGGCACUAUUCAAGGUAGUAUAUGGUGAGGAGAAUCUGCUGCUGUAUUCCACAAAUCACAACAUAGCUCUAUCAUGGAUGGAUGCAUUACAGGGUGCUAUACAGCAAAUCAAGCACAAGAAGCAAUCUAACAACACAGCUCAUACAUCAUGUACCAAGUCUCUACGAUCCCAUAAUGUGCCACUAGGCAAGCUAGUCAGGAACGUUGGACUUCGAUCUAGUCGUAGAAAAACCAAUAUAAGGAACUAUGCAGAACAAGAGGAUAGUAGUGGAGACAGAGACACAUUACAUCCCAUGAGAAUGCAGUUACGGAGUACUAGGAAACUACGUGGGACAGGCUCUAGUAAGCAAGUCAAGUCAAAAUCUCAUAGAUUACAACGAGGACCACUGGCAGUCACCAACAACAAACAGGAGCAGUAUGGGAUUGCUAGAAGUGAAGAUAUGAGUGUUUCAUCAUCGUGUGACGUGACAUCAAGUCAAGAGGAGUCAAUGCAUUGCAGUCAAUGUCAACCAUCACCUGAUCAGCUUCAAGAUGACACUGCACAGCAAGCAUUCUGUGUUAUUCUCUAGCAAGGACAGUUUGUCAACACAAGUAUUUUUCUAAUGAACUGAGAUAUAUAUAGUUGGUUUGCGGUAACACCAUGUAUCUACUUGGCAGGUAGAUUUUGUUCUUAGAGAACUGUCUUACUUAGUUCUACUACCGUGGGGUAGAUUGUUCGGGUGUUCGGGAGACUUCUCAGUUCUGAAAAGAACUGUACUUCUUUUUUGUUACUACCUGGGCGGAAGGUACGUGUAUAGAAAAUUGGUAGGACGACUACUUUAGCUUAUAGGAUCGUAAUUUACUGUACUACCCCGGAGUCAGUUCUUGAAGUGGUCUCAAUGUUUCGACUAGCUUGCUCGAGUCAUCGUCAGAAGACUGAGAUAUUUAAGCCUAGUAAAGGUAAA